UGUUACUGAAGCUCAUUAAAUUUCUUCACUGUAGAGUGUAGAGUCAAUGAAUAAGCUGAGAUGGGCGAUGGACGGCGGGGUUUGGGAUGUGGACGUAUCUACGCCGGCGACGGUGGACGGAGUAGCCCGUCCCGUCUCAGGGGUGACUCUUCCAUUGGGAUUGAGCCGCGGAGCAAGGCUGUCUCGACCCAAACAGGCUGAUUUCUUCCAGCGCUUCAUGGCCAUGCCGUUUAUCCCCUCUUUAUCCGGCGCGGGCCUCUCUUUCCAGCGCGCCCUAUCUCUCCCUCUCCCCGACAACUGGUUUUCUGCAUUCCUUGGACAGUUCAAUGUGCACAAGUUUGUAACUUCCCUCAAAAGGAAUGAAGUCAGGCAAGAGACACUUGGGUCCUCUUUGAAGAGCAUUUGGGGACACCUUUCAGACCCCAACUUAUAUGCCGUCAACUUCCUUUUAGAAUGGCUGUUAACACCUGAAGAUAGGGUGCAGCUUGGUUUUGAAACACAGGGUUAUGGCAAGAACCCCAGAAGGAAGGCGGUAUUUCACCACAAGGCACGCGUUAUACUUUUCAGUCAAAUCUAUAUAAAUGUUACAUUCUUUCAGUUUCCUAAUCAUGAUCUCGUUGUGGAGGCAAGCUCACCAGCACUUUUUGUUGAUCGUUUUGGUAAAUACUGGGAUGUUCCAUUCACGUUGUCGGUGGACGUUUCAUCAUUAGCUUCGGAUUCUAGUACGAGUUGUCAUUUCUGCAUCAAUCACACGAUGGGUUCUCCUAAACAGUGUGAGGGUGAGCCCGUGAAUACUCCAGUGCCUCGUGGUUUAUUUCCGGGCCUCUGUGGAAAAUGUGCAUAUUCCUAUAAAAAAGAUUUUGACUUGUGGAGGAGUGAAGCGCCAAAGACGAAAAUGGUGCUACCAUAUGAUAUAUUCCUCUCUACUCCCCAUAUCUCUGCUUCAGCACUCCUAGGUACUGUAAUCACCGCAUCUCUUGGAGACAAUUCAACAAGAGCCCAUGAGGAAGAUGAAUCAUUCGGCUUACAAGCCCGAGGAGCAUACUCCGCCCUUUCAGCUGAUCUUUUUGCAUCUGCAUCACUUUCGGCUCAGCAUGGAAACUUCCAGAAGCCUUUUCUGGAUCUAACUCGCUUUUAUGCACGUCUCGACAUUCCUUCUGGGUCAAAGUUCUUGGCCGGUGCCUCUCAAGUGGCAUCGGACCUUUGCAGUUCUCGAGUACCCAGUUUAGAAGCAUUUCAGGCAGUUUGUCCUUCUGCGAGCCUUUCGUUUCAGCAGCAGAUAGCCGGACCUUUCAGCUUCAGAAUGGAUGCUGGAGUAACUGUUGACCUGAAGAAAGAAUGCUAUGUGAACGUGAAUGAUCCUGUAUUUGCCGUUGAAUAUGCUUUGCAAGUUCUUGCCUCGGCAAAAGCCAUAGCUUGGUACUCCCCGAGACACAGAGAGUUCAUGUUAGAAUUACGAUUUUUUGAGACCUAAUGAGGGGUAUCUGUGAACAACGAUUCUUGCUCAUGGAAUAUGAUACUUUUUUAUUUAUUCAUUUCUUUUUUACCUAUGUGAUGGCUAUUGUGAACAACGAUUCUUUCUCAUGGAAUAUGAUUCUCGCUCAAAAUCUAACUCAA